ACGAAAAAAUAACUAUGGAUGACAAAAAGCUAAACAUACAAUUUGCUGAAAAUUCAGCAUGCAACUUAUUAGACGAUCGCAUUUUUGAUCAUUUUGACAAUCGUUAUGAUUCUCCAAAUAACCUAAAUGACGGAAAGGAAACUUUAAUCGAUGUUAUACAAAAGCAAGAUUGUCAAAUAAACGACCUCAAAUCUAAGUUAUCGGAGCUUGAAAAGAAAGUGUCGAUGCAUGAAGAAAUGGACAAGUUAUAUAGGGAUAAACUGCAAUCUAAAGAGGAUCUAAUCGAGUCUUUAAAAUUGACCAAUGAACCGUCAAAGAACAAUGAAAUUUAUACGCAGAAGAACUGCGAACUGGUUACGAAAAAUGAUAAUAUCAGUAUUCAAAUGGAAUAUGGUGGAUCGAAAUUGUCGAUGAAAGUACCACAAUUGAAAUCCUUUGAGCCUGUGCUGGAGAAUAACAUUGCCGGACCAGGUUGGAUUGUCAUACAUCGUCGUGUCAACGGCAACUGUGAUUUUGAGAGAAAUGAAGGCGAGUACUAUGACGGGUUUGGCAAGAGGACUGGCGACUUUUGGCUUGGACUCGAAAAAAUGCAUCUAAUAACAUCGCAUCAACGGCAUGAACUUUAUGUACACAUUGUUGACUUUGAUGGCAAUGCGCAUUAUGCAAAAUACGACAACUUUGUUGUGGGCAGCAGGCAGGAGAAAGGUGUGCUGAGGUCAUUGGGUCAUUACAGCGGAGAUGCCAACGAUAUGAUGCGUUUAAAUGAGGGCAAAGCAUUUUCUGUUGCCACGAAAGCAUACAAGAAUGGUUGGUGGUGGAUGCCGAAUGUGAAGCCCACUUGUAAUCUUAGUGGCAAAGUUACCGAUACAAGUAUUGAGAAGCACGAAUAUAUUUUCUGGGGAUACAAGACGUGGGGAAAUAAGAAGAAUUAUAUCAAAUCUGUGCAAAUGCUGAUAAGGCCCAUAAAGGAAUUGCCCAAAUAAUUAAAUGCAAUGCUGUUAUAGAAAUUAUUAUAAUAUUAAAUUAAUAUGUAAUUUGUACAAAUCGUUGUUUGUCGAAAUUACA